CGCCUCCAUGGCUGCCGGUUGAUAGGAGCAUAAAUAGCUGGACACUGGUGCCGGCUGGCCACCUCACUAGAGCCAAGAAGACGAUUUCUUAUCCCUGAAAGAAAAAGAGGAAAAAGAAAAAGGCUUCAGGGGGAGAAUCAGGAUAAAGAAGACGACGCCAUGACGAACGGGAACGGCGGCGUCGCCGGCGGCACCCGUGGGAAGCCCAUCAAAUGCAACGCGGCGGUGGCGUGGGGUCCCGGAGUGCCGCUGUCGGUGGAGGAGGUGGAGGUGGCGCCGCCUGGGCCUCUGGAGGUCCGCGUCAAGGUGCUCUUCACCUCCAUCUGCCACACUGAUCUCAGCGCCUGGAAGGGAGAGAACGAGAUGCACCGCAAGUACCCUCGCAUCUUGGGCCAUGAGGCAGCCGGAGUGGUGGAGAGUGUGGGCGAAGGAGUAGACGGUUUGGCCCCUGGAGACCACGUAAUUCCCAUCUUCACCGGGGAGUGCGAAAAAUGCGUGUAUUGCAAGUCGGACAAGACAAACCUCUGUGGAACCUACCGUGUAGAUCCUUUCAAGACCACCAUGGUCUUUGACAAUGGCACGAGGUUCUCCCUGGUGGACCGCAACUCUGGGUUGCGGCAGCCGGUGUACCACUUCCUCAACACCUCCACCUUCACCGAGUACACCGUGCUUGACGCCGCCUGCGCCGUCAAGAUCAACCCCAAGGCCCCGCUCCACAAGAUGUGCCUCCUCAGCUGCGGCAUCUCCACAGGAGUGGGAGCUGCGUGGAACAGUGCAGACGUUUCUGCUGGAUCAACAGUUGCAGUAUUUGGACUUGGCGCUGUUGGUCUUGCUGUUGCUGAGGGUGCCAGGCUGCGAGGGGCAGCUCGGAUCAUCGGCGUGGAUGUAAACCCUGCAAAGUUCAGCAAAGGUAAAGAGAUGGGUGUCACCGACUUCGUGGACUCUAGGACCUGUGACAAACCAGUCCAUGAGGUGAUCAGCGAGAUGGCGGAUGGAGGUGUAGACUACAGCUUUGAGUGUACCGGGAUCAGUGAUGUGCUGCGUGAGGCCUUCCUGUCCACGCAUGAUGGUUGGGGCCUGACGGUGAUGCUAGGGAUCCAUUCAACGCCCAAGAUGGUGCCGCUGCACCCGAUGGAGCUCUACGGCCGUCGGAUCAUCGGCUGUGUCUUCGGCGACUUCAAGGGCAAGUCUCAACUGCCCAACCUCGUCGACAAGUGCGUCAGCGGGGAGGUCAAUAUAAACUUCGAUGGCUUCAUAACGCACAAGAUGCCAUUCUCGGACAUCAACAAAGCUUUCCAGUUACUGGAGGAAGGCAAGUCGUUGAGGUGCCUGCUCAAUCUCUGAUGGACAAUACCUCAGGAACAGUUUUGAUUUCAGUAGCAAAAUAAAUGUACAAGGAAUUAAUGUUUUCCCUAGUACUCUUUCUGUACAAGGAAUUCUCAUGUUCAGGUAUGUCUUGUAAAACGAAUGCUACUUAUUUGAACAAAACAAAAUGACAUUUAUUCUGGGAUCAGGUAUUCCUAA